ACUAAAGUUUGUAGUUCAAUGUUAGUAUUUACAUUAUGCUUAGAUAUAUAUUUCUAAUUGAUGUCGGUUCUUUUUUAAUCUUUUGUUUUCUUCCUCCUUAUUCAUUCCUAAAUACCAUAGUUGACCUUUUCUUUAGUUUGGAAAUUUCAAAUUUCUACAUAUGAAUCAGUCUUAUCAUUUGCAUCCCUCAUUAAUCGUCAGAAUAAACCAAUUGAGGUGCCAUGUAUAACAAGCAAGUCCAAUGAAGUUUGAACUAACACUUGUUCUUGUGGACAUAUGAAGAAGAAAAGGCUAUGAGAUUUUCCCACUACAACCUACUGCUUGCACCGAGGGCAAACGUUUUUUCUUCACAUCUGUCUACAAUUCAGUGAAAUCAUAGAUUUAAGAAUAUAGUUUGCAACAAAAUUCAUCCCAGUUUUCUGCCUUGAAACGACACCGAGACCUUCAAUCUGUUGUCCAUCCUAACAUAAAAAGUUGCGAAUUGUUUUGUUUAGCAAGGACUAAGAUUUCAGAGUUGCUCGACUAGUACUUGUCUUGCAACCAAAUUAGUGUCGCUACAUGUCCACGAGUCAGUGCCCUGGGCACUUGUAAUCCUUCGUGUUUAGUGAUGUAUGUAUCUGUUCUGAUUGUGUUUAAUAGCAGGGAUAACUAACCAUGGUACUGUUACCAUGGCACUAUAUACAAAUAUUUUUCCUGUUGAAACACAUGAAAGAUCUCAACCAUAUCGAUCUGAAAAAGAAGAUAAAUGAGAAAUAGUAUAUAUUCAGUAAAUACAAAAUAUCAAUUCAUGAAUUACUAAAGAUUAUACCUGGCCCUGGGUGAUGAAGUGCACAUCAGCCAUCGGUUGUAGUGCGCCUCUGUUCUGUUGCUUCUGCAGAGCGUCAGCAGAUCUGGGCUGCUGUUGCUAUUUUGUUCUGCUCAGUGACUUGGAAUGAGUUUAGUUAACCUGCUUUUCCUGAACUUCAUGAUCAAAACAGAGAAGAACUUAAGGGACGCAAGAGGGGGAAAAACGAAACACUUAGGCAAGCUGUACAUGCUUGUGUUGAUCAUUGCUUUAUAUUUACGUGGAGACGAAUGCGUUGGAUAUUUUGUUCAAAUAGGAGGGAUAUAUCUAAGCAUAUCGCCACUAGGGAAAGGCCACUCUACUGUUCAGGUUGAUAAACUUUCCGUAAACGGGGUUUACUUGAUCAAAAUUGGAGGUUAAGAUAGCUUGUUAUUUUUCACUGGGAUUAGACUUAUGUUUUACUCAGAAAUUCUGGCUAACUAUCUCUGAAAUAAAAGAAAAAUGAACCUAAUUAGUCUGAUGUAAAGUUUCUGCUGGACAUAUUGACAGAACUUAUUCACCUGCACCUGGUCUAUUUCUGAGGAGUAUCUCCAGACUAUUUAACCGUUGCAACCACAAGUGCCAAUUUUUCAAGACUCCUCACAGGAAGAAAAAGAGCAUAUAUGGUUUGUGGGGCCAGUUCUGUCUGGUCAAGCAUGUUAAUGUAUCAGGGGAAGACUGCAUUCUGAGAUCAGUUGACAUGUUAAUGUGGAAUAAAAGAAAAUGUCACUAAGCUUCUCAACAUGGGCAUGCUCGACAGCCAGGUAGUUAUAUAAAAUAUUCUUAUCUAUAUUUACUGAAGUUUAUGUAUCUAUGUCCAAUUUAUCCAUUAAUUUACAUCCUUGGUCCUCAUGGUGCUGCCACUGAAGUAGAUCAUAAUGCAUUUUACUGAAGUGGGAGUAAUGCCAGUUCUCCACUCAGUGUAAUGUCCCUCUGAUAUAUAUGAAUCUACUUCUCAUUGAUGCAAAUGAUGUACUGCCACACAAGAACAAAUACUUUGGUUGUGUACUAUAGGAAAAACAUGAUUCUUCCAUCCUGCGACUGGGCGGUUGUAUUCAGAGAACGCAGCUAUUUUCUUAUGCUUGCCUUGAAUGGUAUACUUCAAUUCCACAUGCCUAAGAAUAAUUAAGUUGACCAAACUGGUUCUUUUGUAGUAAGUUUGUAAACCAAGUAACUAUAAUUCUGAUACAGAGGAAGUUAGUAACACACUAUCACCUCUUGCUUAUAAACACACUAUCAGGUACUAAGUUUGCAUUCUGAAACAGAGGAAGUUAGUAACCCAGUAUGAGAGUUACCACAUUGAAUGGAAGAUGAAAGAAAAAACAGGUAAUAGCUCAGUCUUUUUUUUCCACUAAUAUGCUUAGCGAUAUUAUGUAAGGUCUCGCCAGAUCAAUACUCUUUGCGGUCUGAUUAAGAUUCAGCUGGUGGAGCUGUCGAAUCCAUGCCUCUGCACACACCUGCUGGACAAUUUUCCAGGUAUAAGCACAGUCUCAGCGUGACAUCAUGUUUCUUAUGCCCUGCACCUCCAAGUAGUGUUUUCAUUACCGACUUUAUGUUAUCAAAUAGUGCCAGGGAUCAACUCUCGUCUGUAAGGCCCUGUUUCACGGAAGCGCACUUUUGGCUCUCGGGUGCCCGCGCACCCUAUAUGCGGAAAAAGAAAUUAGUAAUUCAAAAAAAGUUCAAAAAAUUCCAAAUCUUUUUUGGAAUCAAACAUGAUCAGGUAUUGUACUCGUAUAAAAGAUUUGGACAAGAAAUGAUUCAUAUUGACUUCGCGGCAAAAAAGACAAGUUUAUGACGACAAUAUAUAUAGCGUGUAUAGUACUUGUAUAUAGCGUUUUUUGCCGAAUCUUCGACCCAGGAUGCAAUGAAAGUCAUUCUCUGACGAAUCUUUUUUAUACGACUACAAUACUUGAUCAUGUUUAAUACCAAAAAAGAUUUGGAAUUUUUUGAACUUUUUUUGAAUUAUUAAUUUUUUUUUGCAUAUAGGGUGCGCUGGUACCCAGGUUCUCCUUCAUAUUUUCGAUUCUAGACUCAAAAGAACACUUUACUGGUAUUCUUAUAUUUAUGGCCUAUAUCACACAGAGAUCUGCCUUAUACAUUGUAUUAUCUAUUAUUCCAGAUGCGACUGCCUUCUCUUUCUGUGUAACACUCUGCAAUUAUUUUUUUUGUUUCUCUGCUGCGAUCUGCAUCUCUAUGCAGUGCGUUCCCUCAUCACAGUUACUCAGGGUACAGUCUAUUGGGGUGAUUAUCGAAAUCCAAAGAUACGAUUUAAAACUUAGCAUAUUGUUUUGCUAUAUGAUACUGCUAUCCGAUAAAUAGUAGACACUAAGUUAUGUAAACAGCAAGUAGUCUUUGGAGAAAACAAGGGGUCCAUGAGUUGAAAUCUUUGUGCUUUCGUUGCAGACCUGUACAUUCUAUCUGGUUGCUGUGAGGUGAGCCCUUUCAGAAACCAGCAUUGUGCUGUGUCACAGCAGUUUAUGUUUACAGAGUUUCUAAGUUGCAUGUACAAUGAUUUCAAUUAGCAUCCACAUCCAGGUCUGACAUAUAAAUUCAUUUCUUUUUAUAUACUGCUCACACAACAGGAGACCUAUGGUCUGGUGUCAUCAGCACAUGUCUAUCGUCCGCCUCAGCGGUGGGAACGUCGGAGCGGUGUCUGACAAAACAAAGUGUGUGCCUGUACUCCUUGCCGGCCUGGAUGGCAUGGCUGAAUGGUCUCAUCUAAUUAUAUUCUUUAUCUAAAUCAUGGUUGAACGAAUUAUGUGUUGCCAGUUCCAUUUUUUCCCAUGUUCAUAUUUUAAGAAUGGUCAUUGGUUGAUUUCAUUAGUGAAAUUCUGCACUUGCUUCUCUUUCUCUCAUUGCUUCAUGAUUCAUGUCAUUAGUUAAUUUCACGCCUUGCAGUUAGCUCUGCAUAGCUGCAGAAUUGCAGAUAGUUUGAUCCAAUAGUUUUGCAAAUUGUUGUAAAUAAUAUCAUGUGGAAAACUUGUCAUGGUUACAUUUUGCCUUUGUUUUAUGUUCUGUUUUCUGCUUGUCAUCUUGUUUACGGAUUCUUUGUAAGUGCUUCCUUGUGUUGGUUAUCUUGUGCUUUGGUUGUCAGAUGCUGGCAGAUGUUGCGACCCGAGAGAGGCAUGGAAGGCAAGCGGGUGAGCGUCACCAGGGGGGGAGGAAGACAUGGGCUGAGAGCAUCUACAACCAUGCAUACCUAAAACCAGUUGCCAGGCGCUUCCGCAGAAGGUGACCUGGUACACCCCAAAUUUCAUCACAAACUACCAUGAGAUGUUGAUGAUGUUGGUGCCGGAGCUGUCGGCCUCAUGGUUAUUGGCGGCUGGGCGCACGGUCGACUCGUCCUCAUCCUCUUCGUUGAACUGGGUGAAGAGUUUGUCGAUCUCCGCCUUCCGCUGGUGGAGAAUGCGGCGGUUCGCCUCCACCCUGUGCUCCACCAGCUCGUCCGUUUGGGCCUCCUCGAAUUGCGCCAUGGCGUUGGCCAUGUCGUGCCCGCAAGCGUCGGAUCUGCAGCCGUCGCCGCAUCCUCUGGCCCUCCUCCUCCUCCUGCAUGGCAACGUUGUCCUUUCCCGACUCCUUCUCUUCCUUCUCCACCUCCGCCUCCUCCCCCUCCUAUUCCUCCUCCGCCUUCCCCUCCUCUUCCUCCUCCGACUCUGGCUCCUCCUCCAGUUCAGGCGAAUCCAGCGGAAGGCCGUCAGCGAAACGAGCAACACGUCUCGCCCAGAUCUCCUCCAACAGCUGCAAUCGACACCGCAACAAAUUUAAUGAAUACAAAUUUUCGGGCGAAUCACAAAAAAAAUAUUAUUGUGCGUUUUUAGGUAAAAAUUCAAAUUUAAUGAACAUAAAGCAAAAAUAAUCUAGAAAUGGAGGAGAACAUAUUUUUUUGUGAAGGAUCAAAAAAGGAAAACAAAAGGAAAAACUAGGAAAAUCUGGAGAAGGAUAACCAAGAAAACAAUUAAAGAAAUUGAAAAAGCAAUUCUCGGUCCAUCCCGACAUCAAACAGGAAAUUAACACAAACCUAUUAUUUUUUCACACUAAUAAAAGCUAAUACCAAGAAGAAAGUAUCUAUUGGUGAAAAAUAUUCUCCAUCUUUAAAUUAAUGCAAAAGAAAAAAGAUGAUAGUCUUUCUUAAGAUAUAUUCGUUGUCUAUGGUAUUUUUUUAUGUAUAUCCUCGCUAUGGUUGUGGAAAGCAUUUCAUUAGAAUAAGAAUACUAUAUAAAAAUGAGCAAACUAUUCCAUAAAACACAAUUUUUUUGAAAUUAAUAAAAAAUUAAUUGUGACACAAAUUUUCUAUUAGAUGCAAAGUUUUUCUCCAUUUUUAUAAGCAGCGUCAAAGGAAAAAAGAAAAGUACUGCACAUUUGUUUGUAGUGAAAAAUCCAAAAUGGAAACCGAUAAAUAAACAAAAUAGAUGACAGAAAAUAAUUAAAUAAAAUGUGGAGGAGACAUAGUAGGAAAAGUAAAUAAAAAUAAAACCAUGAAAAGAGAAGGAAAUGUAUUUUGUUUUGGACAAGGGAAGAAAAUGGAUGACAAAAAUGGAGCCCACGGAGACAGAGAAAAAGAAGUUGAGCCCAUUCUGAUUAACCACGACGCGCAGAGGGAGAGCUGCCAUUGCAAUCUAUCGGAGAUCUAUCUCUGCAUCGCCGCCGGCGCCGUUGCUCUUGUCGCCGCCGUCCCCGUCGCCGGCUGCGCCAUGCUCCGCCUCCGCGAGUGCGUCGUUUCCCGUCUACUCUCUUCACCCUCCACCUCCAGCUCUGCCAUCUUCCCACUCCGCCACCUCCUCUCCGCAGCCGCAGCCCCCAUUUCCCCCGGAUUCGCCGUGGAGGAGUACCUCGUCGCCACCUGCGGCCUCACCCGACCCCAAGCCCUCAAGGCCUCCACCAAGCUCUCCCACCUCAAAUCCCCCACCAAGCCCCACGCCGUCCUCGCCUUCCUCGCCGGCCUCGGCAUCUCCGGCGCCGACGCCGCCGCCGUCGUCGCCAAAGAUCCGCUGUUCCUCCGCACCAAGGUGGACAAAACCUUGGCCCCUAAGGUCGUCGGGCUCACUGGCCUAGGUCUCUCGAGUCCUGACAUCGCCUGCCUCGUCUCCCUCACCCCCGACUGCUUCCGCUCCAGAAACAUCGUCUCCAAGCUGCACUACUACCUGCCCCUCUUCGGCUCCUUCCACAACUUCCUCCGGCUGCUCAAGCGCUCACCCCGCCUUCUGUCAUGGGACGUCAACAAGGUGGUCAAGACCAAUGUUGUGUUCCUGAGGGAGUGCGGGCUAGGUGAUUGUGAUAUUGCCAAACUGUGUAUCCAUGCGCCGAGGAUGCUCAGCACCAACCCGGAGCGCGUCCGGGCGAUGGUGGCAUGCGUGGAAGGUAUAGGCGUGCCCCGUGGCUCUGGGAUGUUCAGACAAGCGCUAUGCGCUGUCACAUUCCAAAGCGAGGAGAAGAUUGCCGCCAAAAUGGAGUACUUGAAGACCACGUUCAGGUGGUCUGAUGCCGAAGUGAGCAUGGCUGUGCGCAAGUAUCCGGGUGUGCUGAGGAAGUCAAAGGAAUCUCUGAAGCACAGGUCCGAGUUCUUCUCUGAGGUGGGGCUGGAACCAGCGUACAUUGCUUAUCGUCCUGCGUUGCUCUCUUAUAGCAUGGAGGGCCGAAACAGACCCAGGUACUAUGUUAUCAAGUUCCUUAAGGCAAAUGGAUUGUUAGAUCAGUACCGGGACUACUAUAGCAUAGUCAUGCUGAGUGAGAAGGUAUUUGUGGAGAAGUUCAUAUGCCCUCACAAGGAAGCUGCACCGCACCUCGCUGAAGACUAUGCAACAACUUGCAAAGGGGAGGUGCCAACUAAUUUCAGAUUUACUUGAACCAAAAGUGGGCUAAGGAAAUUGGUAACGGCGUAUGGCGCAAGAAAUUUUUCACUCUGUGUAGUAAGCUGGUUGUUCCUGUUUUGGUGUAGUCUUGCUGAAUACUAAAAGAGUUUGGUGCAGACCUGUCCAUCUCUUUGGUUGCUAUGAGGUUAUGUUGUGCCACAACUGUCUAUGUUUACAUAGCUUCUAACUUCCAGCUACAAAGAUUGAAGUGCCCACAGUUGCAAAAGAAAAGACUCCACAUCCGGUACUCAGCUUAUUUCUUACAGUUAGUUCUGCUUUAGUUACAUUCUAUUGCAGUUAAUAACUUAAUAUUGUAUCUUCAGUUCAUUCUAUUUUAAGUUAUAUUUUUUCAAGACUAAAACUAUGAAUUUCGACCAUCAUGUGUUAUAUGAAAUUAAAAUGGAAAAUUAUGAAAGAAUGUUGCAAGGGAAAUUUAAUGAGUGAUUGCAUGCUCCAUCAGUAGGAGCAGCGCAGCUUGUGGCAUCCUAGGCAUCAUCAUCUGGCACACUGGCACUGGUGUUUCCCUUGCCCGAAGGAGAAUCGGUUGCUGUCGGUUGCCUAACCCCAAAUGGAUAGAUGAACUGCUCUGAACUUUUAGGAUACCAGCUGUUGUUUUUAUCUUUUGAGCGUGUAGUUUCAAAUUGAAAUCGAGAAUGUUACCUGCUGAUAAGCUGCUGCAGGUACUCAUCGCCAUCUUGAUCUCGGUUUGGGGGAGUAUUAGUUUACUUUGGAGCUCUUUGGUUUUCUUCAUUUAUCCUUCUUUUUUCACCCUUUUUUUGAGUUUCUUUCCUUUCUUUUCAUUUAUUUGUAUAUGUUUUUCUUUAUGGUUUCCAUCGGUUUUAGAACCUUUUUAAUUGUCUAUUUUUGUUUCUAUCAUUUUCCUCGGUUUUCUAUGUACAUUUUCCAUGUACAUGUGAAUUUUUUCUACAUGUUAUUUUUUUAAAUACACAAUUAACAUUUUUUAAAUAAAUGUUUUGGUGUCUACAUUUCUGUAUAGAUCAAAAACAUUUUUUUAUAAAUGUUUAGCAUUUUUCAAUGCUCCCUCUGUAAAAUAAUACGAGUGUUUAGAUCACUAUUUUAGUAUUCUAAACACUCUUACAUUAGUUUACAGAGGGAGUACAUGACUAGCAUUUUUAGAUACAAUUAUUAAUAGUUCUUUCAAAUACAUGUUUGAUGUCUACUUUUUUCAUAAACUUUGUAUAUACUUCAUAUGCAUUUGAAACAUUUAUUUAAUAUACAUUUAACAUUUUCCAAAUGCAUUUUUACAUUUUUUGUAUAAUGUCAUAUAGAUAUUUUUGAAACGUGUGCUUUUUUUAAAUGUCACAAACAUUUUUUUGUAUGCUAUCAACAUUUUGCAUAUACAUUCGAAACAUUUAUUUGAUAUAUGUUUAACAUUAUUAAUGAUGUCACAUAUAUUUUCUGCAACAAGGAAAAAAGUUUAAAGGUCACAAAGAUUUUUUUCAAUAUGCUAAUCAAAAUAUUCGAAAGACAUAGUUUAAAAAUAGAAAUACAUAGUUUAAAUUUGGAAGUACAUUUUUCAGACAUAAAUAUUGCUCGGAGGACAUAGUUCAAUUUUUUGCAAAGGAAAUCAUGAAUCCCUUAAAUUGAAAACAUGUACCUCUUCCUUGUCUAUCGCUUCGAGGAUAUUCAACAUCACCAUCAAAUCAUAAUGGUCUUCAUCGUCAUCCGACGACUAUUCAAAGAAUUCAUUGUAAAAAAAACUCAUCCAUAAUGUCCAUUACGUGCCAUGCAAAUGUGUGAAAAAGAAAGUCAAAACAUGUCCGGCCAAUUUGUCGGACAUGUGGCAUGCGAGGUGGAUCCAUCAACGGCCAAUGUAGGACACACCGAUGUGACAAGUGCGUCGGGGACGGUGACCGUGUUAGGGGCGGUGCUUCGAGGUGGUUGUCAGAUGCUGUCAGGUGGGGACAAUGGAAGGAACAAAGGAGGAGAUUCCCAGGGUGAAAACCCAAGGUCUGGCCUUCAUUGGUUGUACAUGGCAAUGUCCUUGUUGAAGGCAUUAUUUUUGGGUGAACUCGGACUUUCUUCAGGGUGAAAACUCAAGAUCUUCAAUCGGGCAACGACAACAAUUGUUUGUUGUUUCCUUGUUGAGGCAUUGCUUUCGGAGAACCUUUUUUGUAUGCCGGGUGUUGUCUUCGGUGGUGGUUAGAGUGUUGUUGUUGCUAGUGACUGAUCAUCGUGGGCAGUUUUUUUUUCUUCUGUUCUUUAUAUUUUCUUUUUUUGGCCCUGUGUAUGCUUGAUGUCUUUGGUCUUGUUGGUACAGAGGCUGGAUGUAAUUGGUAUUUUCGUAAUAUUAAUAUACUCCCUUUAUCUAAAGAAGGAGGAGAGGAGGAAGAGGGUAGGGGAAUUUUGCUCGGUUUGAGAUGGGGCCAUCUUCACCCUGACAUAUGUGUUAUAUUUGUGGGAGUCUAGACAUAUGGGCUAGGUUUGGGGGAGCCUAUUGGGUCAUCGCUAUUUGUGCAUGUACUAUCCCCCAGACAUUUGGAGGAGGAAUGACUAUGCCCCUGAAGAUGUCCCUCCGAUCCAAAAAAAGUGUCAUGACUUUGGUCCAAUUCUCAGCUAGAGGCACGACAUUUUUUUUGGAUCAGAGGGAGUAAUAAAGUUCACAUGUAUGUCAAAUAAAACAUGUAUGCAACUUUUUUUAGACAUGUAAAAAUGCGGA